AGUUCAGGAGACGCAACGUCAUGUCGCUGAGCGACGCCUACAGUGUGUGUCUGAUCUGUCACAACGAGUUGAGUCGAGGAACCGGAGGAACCGGAGGAACCGGAGGAACCAGAGAGCUGCAGUGUUCACACACCUUUCAUAAGGAGUGCAUAGAGGAGUGGUUGUGGAGGAGGCAGUGGUGUCCGGUGUGUAACGUUCAGGUGUCGGUUCCUCAGCCGGUCUCCUGGAGCUCCGCCCGGGUCAAAGUGCCCUGAGUCACCGGGAGGGACCCUCAGACGUCACAACAGCACAUGUCGUCAUAGGCCA